AUGGAUGGUACAGAUAUGCAGAAGGUGUGUCGCAUCUGCCUUGUCAUGGAUUCCAAGUUAUUUGACAUAAACAUGGAUAAUCUAAGUGAAAUAUAUUAUGACAUCACUGGAGUACCUUUUCAGGCUUCAAACAAGGACAAAUUGCCACAGCAUCUAUGUUGGGAAUGUGCUUUCCGUUUGAAAUCUGCUCAAAGUUUAAGAGAGAAAGCUCAGACAGCACACAACAUACUAGUAGAUCUUAUUAAUUUUAAUAAAUAUAUAACACAUGAUCAAAUAAAAGCAAUAAAUAGAAUCGAAAACAAUCUACAGUCGGCACUGACAACAAAUUUUAUAGAUGCGCAUAACUAUGAUGUCGCUGUACAAGAGUAUACAAAGCUGGAUGAGUUUGAAGGGAAGAUCGAAGUCAAUGCUGAUGUUAGCCAUACACCGGACAUUGAUGAUAUGUUCAAUGAUGAUCCGCCAGCAACAGUUGAGAUUAAAGUUGAGAAUAAUGAGAUAUUCUUCGAAGACUGCGGUUUUGCGAGCGAAGAUGAUAGAACUUUAAGUGAAAUGUGUAAAGUUAAAAAGGUGAAGAGUAAAGCUAGAGUGAAGAAAAAGGUAAAAGUUGAUGAUGAUUUAAUUGAGGAUACGCCGACAGCUAUGGUAGAGAAGUUCAAAACAGCAGACGUGAAACGCAGGAGAGCGAACGAGAACAUAGACGCGAACCUCUUCACGAUAACGACUCUUACUUACGAACAACAAAUAGAACAGAUAACGAAGAGAAAAGAAUCUGAGUUGUACAAGAACGCGACGUUUAAAUGUGAUAUGUGCUACCGGGGCUUCCAUAUCAAAGCGAGAUAUGACGCGCAUGUAGUGCGGCAUAGUGAUCAAAGCGGCGCCUACGAGUGUUUCAUUUGCAAGACUAGAAUGAAAACCGGUCGUGCCUUGCGUAAACAUAUAACUUCGCAACAUACAGAACAGUUCAGCUGUAGAGGCUGUCCGUUUGUCACUAUGAAUCGGGGUGUAGCGCGUGAACACGAGAAAUGGCACGCGGGAACGAAGUACCAGUGUCCCCAUUGUCCGAGUCAAUUUGAUAAAGUAACGACGUAUUUAGGGCAUGUAAGGAUAAAGCAUGUUUCGGACUUCGUCUGCGAGCUUUGUGGCUAUACGUUUCUGAGUAAAAAAGGGAUAGACGUACAUAAAAAGAAAAAACACAGGCUCUCCGAAGAAACGGCCCCGCUCGAAGGACCAUAUUGUGAGGUGUGCGAUGUGAAGUUCGUAUCGGAAGAAGCGCAUUCGCGGCAUUUGAAAUUAUCAUCGAGACACAGCAGUGAUAACGAUCCGGAUCGGAUACGUAACGACUCCCAGAGUAUGACCAGUGUAAAGAAAGGAGUUCGACAGGCAGACAGACGGAUGAUGAUGAACAGACGCGACGUGGAAGGUGAUGAGUCGACCCUUGAAGUCAUCACCUGUGAACAGUGUGGCGUACAACUUCGCGGCUUGCGCCUCUACGCGCAGCACUUCCGUCGCGUUCACCCGGACAAGAAUCGGACCAAGUACCCGGCUAUGAAGACGCCGUCCAUGUGCGAACAGUGUGGGAAAAUAUUCCAGAGCAUGGCACUCCUAAAAGACCACAUGUGGGUGCAUACAGGCGAGAAGCGGUUCAAAUGCGACCGUUGCGACAAGAGUUUCACGCAGAAGACGAACCUGGUGUUUCAUAUGCGCGUGCACAGUGCCACGAGACCAAGUUACGAAUGCCCGCUGUGUGGGAAACACUUCGCCUUCUACAAUAAUCGACGGCGGCAUAUGUUUAUACACACCGGUCUCAAACCGUUCAAGUGCGAUACGUGUGGUAAGGCCUUCACGACGUCCGGCGAGUUGCGCGCGCACGUCGAACACGUUCACUUGAAGAAACCCUGGCCGAAGAGGUCGAGACGAGGAAACGAAGAACCGUGGAAGUGUAUACAGAGUAUGGAAGAUUAG